GGUCCACAUGCAGCAUUAAACUCAGUCCUUCCUCGUCGUCCGCGAAAUGGAGAACGAUAGAGGCGCACAAACUGUUCUGCUGAAAUUUCUUCACAACAAGUCAAAUAACUCUUCACUCCGACCGGUAAUCAUCGCCAAUGCUGCAAUCGCAUUGGCACUUUUGCUUCUUGCAUUGCGCCUAUAUUCCUCGCGAAAGGUGCUGAAAUCCGCUGCGGUUACUAGUGAUGAAUCGGACACCAAGCGGUUCGCGGGCAGAAUAGGCCGGCGUAUAGCUCAUGUUGGUGGGCCUGUCAUAUUCGCCUACAAGCUAGCGCGCUUCACAGCGUUGGCGGUCCUGCUCGUCCUGGUCAUUAUUCCGUCUAUUCAACAUGGAUGGACAAACCUCAGCGUGGUCCUCACCGAAGCUCUGACAUUCGCGUCUAUCCUGGCCGCCGCAAAUGCGCUGGUAUCGGCACGCGCGUCACAGCUACUGUCGCCGCAUUUGACGUUCAUUUCGUUCGCAAUCUUUGCAGCCUAUGCCUACCGAAACCUCUGGCCUUUCAUGACCUUCGCGCUUUACCCACUCGACGCUGCCGAAGGCAAAAUUCUCUGGGCCAAGGUCGCUUUGGCGACGUGGGUUGGGUUUCUCGCACCUCUGCUCGAGCCGUAUCCAUACAUUCCUCUGCAUCCCGAGGGCCCGAUCAACACUGCCAACCCCGAGCAGACGGCCUCUAUCGCUUCCUGGGUUUUUUACACCUUCCUCGAUCCUAUUAUUUGGGAAGCAUAUCGUGUUCCACAUCUCUCGCAUGACCAAUUACCGCCACUGGCCGACUACGAUGAGGCGAGGUAUUUGAUUGAGCAGAACUUUCAUCAUCUAGAUCCGUUCUCAGGUGCCAAGAAAGGAAGCUUGCUUUGGCCCAUUUUGAAGGUCCUCCGUACCCCAUUGCUCUACCAGGCCAUUUGCAUCGUUUUCACAUCAUUAGCCCGCUUGGCAGGCCCUAUUGGUGUCAACAGGCUUUUGAGCUAUCUCGAAAACGGCGGACACAAUGCAUUUGUGCGACCCUGGGUCUGGAUCCUAUGGAUAGCCCUUAGCCCAAUCGUGCAGACUCUCCUCAUGGAGUUGUAUCUGUUCUUCUCCACUCGCUCCUUAAUUCGCAUGGAAGGUAUCCUUACUGCGCUUAUCUUCGACCACGCCCUACGCCUUCGUGUCAAAACCAAUGCCGGACCCAAGCUCGAACAAGGGCAACCACCCACGACCUCCGAAAGCGACAGCCAGGGGCAAGCCGACAAAGCAAAGGAGGGCGAAAAAAGUGAUAAUAUCGUUGGCAAAAUUAUGACCAUGGCAACGAGCGACUUGAAUAAUAUCACGGGCGGUCGGAAUUUCCUAUUGCUAGUUCUCGGGGUGCCUGUUGAUCUCAUUGUCUCCAUCUGUUUCUUGUAUGACCUGCUGGGCUGGAGUGCAUUCGUUGGCUUUGUUGUCAUGGUCGCAUUACUCCCCGUGCCAAGAUAUGUCGCAGCUUUGAUGAGCAGUGCACAGAAGGAGAAAAUGAAAGCGACAGACGCUCGCGUUCAGCUUGUGACAGAAAUGUUGGGCACCCUCCGAAUGGUCAAGCUCUUCGGCUGGGAAAGGCGAGUCGAGGAAGAGGUCGCAGUCAAGAGAGAAGAAGAAUUGAAAUGGGUGUGGAGGAGUACUUUGUAUUCGUUCGUGAUCACCAACAUGAACCAUAUGAUUCCUCUAUUGCACAUGAUUGCUACCUAUGGGACCUACACUAUAGUCAUGAAACGGAGUCUGAGCGCAUCUACUGUGUUUGCGUCAAUCGCAGUCUUUCACAACAUACAGACCAAGUUAUAUUGGAUCUCCCAGUGGCUACCGCCCAUAAUAGCAUCGUACGUUUCUAUAGGCCGUCUCCGCGAUUUCUUGUGGGAUACCGAGCUAUUGGAUACUUUCAACGAGAAGCCUACCGAUGAUGCUGGCGUUGCUUCCGCUAUCCAUGAGCAAGAUAUUGGCUUCGGAAGCUCCGAGUUCUCUUGGUCAAUCGAUGCCGCCUCAGCCGGGCUGUCGCAGCCAUCUUUUCGCCUGCACGUCGAAGACGACGUCGUUUUCAAACGUGGCAGCUUCAACCUCAUCGUCGGUCCCACAGGGUCAGGAAAGACCUCAGUGCUAAUGGCCUUGCUUGGAGAGAUGCACCGGAUUCCGCUCAGCCCAGAGUCAUGGGUCAACCUACCGCGGGAGGACGGCAUCGCUUAUGCGGCUCAGGAAUCCUGGGUAUUAAGCGAUACGAUCAAGGAGAAUAUCUUGUUCGGCUCCCCGUACAUCGAAGAGAGGUAUAGGAAAGUAAUAUACCAAUGUGCUCUGACGAAGGACCUAGCAAUGUUCAACUCGGGGGACGAGACACAAGUCGGGGAGAGAGGAAUUACCCUCAGCGGGGGCCAGAAGGCACGCGUUACUCUAGCUCGCGCUGUGUACUCUUCUGCAGAAGUUCUUUUGCUCGAUGACGUUCUAGCCGCUCUAGAUGUGCAUACGUCUCGCUGGGUAGUCAACAAGUGUUUCAAAGGCGAUAUCAUGAAGGGUAGAACUACUAUCAUCGUGACGCACAAUAUCGCCCUCACAGCUCCUCUGGCCAAAUUUAUCCUGUCCAUGGGCCCAAACGGUUCAAUAAAAAGCAGCGGCGUUCCGGCUGACGUCCUUGGUACAGACCCAGAGCUGACAAAAGAAGUCGCACAUGAAGCUGAGGCUCUUGAACUGGACGAGGACGAGGACAGUGUUGGAGAAACAUCGACCGCCAAUCCAGAGAAGGGCAAGCUCAUUAUCGCUGAAGAGAUUGCCCUCGGGCGUGUCGGACGCAGUGCCUACGAGCUGUACCUUGGCGCGAUGGGUGGCGUGUUCUACUGGCUGCAGUAUCUGAGCACAGAUAUCAUCGGAGAAAUUCUACUCAUUUCAUCAACUUGGUGGCUUGGCUGGUGGGCUGCUCAAUACGCCUCCGAAGGUUCUAAAGACGUCUCCGCGCCAUACUACCUGGGCAUCUACUCACUCAUAAAGAUGUCGGAUAUGGCGUUCUUUCUGGCACACUCUCUUAUAGAUGCCAUAGGAAGGAUCAAAGCAUCACGGAGUGUUCACGAGAAACUCAUCAUAUCGAUCUUUGGCAGUACAUUCCGCUGGUUAGAUGUAACCCCGACGUCUCGAAUUAUUACGCGAUGCACUCAGGAUAUCCAGGCUGUCGAUGGAACAGUUCCCCAAGCUUUUAACGUCGUCAUCGGCGUAUCUGUCGCCAUAAUCACACAGCUGAUCGCCAUGAUAAUCUACACGCCCAUCUUCCUCCUGCCUAGUGUCUUCGUCGUCGGACUGGGUAUAUGGCUUGGCAAUGUCUACAUCAAAGCCCAACUCUCUGUCAAACGCGAGAUGUCGAAUUGCAAAGCACCGGUGCUAGCCAUGUUCGGCAGUGCUGUUCAUGGGCUGAUCUCUAUCAGAGCUUACGCAGCUCAGGGCCCGUUCAGGCAACAGCUACUGAACCGUGUGAACGAGUAUACUCGGGCAGGACGGACAUUCUGGUUGUUGAAUCGAUGGAUUGCCGUCCGGCUUGAUGCGUUGUGUGCAAUUUUCGCCGCUUCCAUCGCUUCCUACCUUGUGUAUGCUUCAUCCAUCAGUCCGUCGGGUGUUGGUUUUGUGCUCGCGAUGGCCGUAUCGUUCACGAAAUUCAUCCUAGGUCUCGUUCAUUGGCUCAACCAAUUUGAAGUCAAUGCCAACAGUUUAGAGCGCCUGCACCAGUACAUUCAUGUUGAGCAAGAAUCCAAGAAUGGCGUUCAGCCUCCAGCGUUCUGGCCGACAAGCGGCAGCUUGUAUGUAGAGCGCUUGUCUGCGUCUUACACGCCCGAUGGGCCAAAGGUCUUGCAGGACCUUACCUUUGAGCUGAAAAGCGGGGAACGCGUCGGUGUCGUGGGACGCACUGGGGCAGGGAAGUCGACGUUGACGUUGGCCCUGCUCCGUUGCAUCCAUACCGAGGGUCUUGUCGUGUUUGACGGCGUUCCCACAAAUUCCAUCACUCUGGAUACACUCCGGUCGAGCAUCACUAUCAUCCCGCAGUCGCCCGAGCUCAUGAGUGGGACCCUACGCUACAACCUUGACCCAUUCUGCCAGAAUGACGACGCGACUCUCAAUGACGCUCUGCGGUCUGCGGGGCUAUUCUCUUUGCAAGAGACCUCAGACGAGAAUCGCAUUACCUUGGACACUAAGAUUGCUGGUGGCGGUGCGAACCUCUCGGUCGGCCAGAGGCAGAUCAUCGCUCUAGCGAGGGCCAUUGUGCGGCAGAGCAAACUGCUGGUUUUGGACGAGGCAACUUCGGCGAUCGACUACGAGACCGACGCCGUCAUCCAGCAAUCCUUGCGGAAGGAACUGAGGAGUGAUGUAACUGUUAUUACAGUGGCGCACAGACUGCAGACAAUCAUGGAUUAUGACAAAAUCAUGGUCAUAGACGCCGGUCGCCUGGUAGAGUUCGACACACCUCGGGUGCUGCUGGAGAAGGAAGAUGGCCUGUUGCACGCCCUUGUCGAGCAGAGUGCCGACAAGGAUCUGCUGUAUAUGGCUGCACAUAGUAAGUAGUGUACGGUGUACUCAGCCUCGUUCCCAGUGGCAAGUCUAUCCCUUCGCCUAUUUGUGCUGAUGGCUCCGAUGGACCUGUACUCUGUACUCUCUGUGUGCUGUUGUAGUCAUAUCUGUCUAUUUUUCUCAUGAAUUUGAUCUUUGUCUUGGUUGCCUCUCUGACAAUUGUACUGGAUCG